GACAGCACAGCAGCGGUGUGGUCGCUCGGUCUGAACGCACGUUAACGGAAAGGAAAAACAGUCCACACGUCGUGAAGGCCUCAGCCACACUGUAAACCCUGUUACAGUCACAGCGACGACGGAUAUAAACUUACAUAUAUACAUAUACAUUUUUUUCUAAUCUUCGCUGCUCUUUUUUUUUCCAAUUUGAUAGCCUUUCUAAAAAGGAAAAAAAAAAGACAGUCCACAUAAUGGCGACAGCUGCGGUGUCUGCCCCUUCUGGCUGCGGCCCCAGCUCCGUGCCGGGAACGGAGCUUGUCCGCGGGCAGGGCUUCGACGUCGGGCCUCGGUACAGCAACCUCUCCUACAUCGGGGAGGGAGCCUACGGGAUGGUGUGCUCUGCCUACGACCGGGACAACAAGAUCCGCGUGGCCAUUAAGAAGAUCAGCCCCUUUGAGCACCAGACGUAUUGCCAACGCACCCUGAGAGAGAUCAAAAUCCUCCUGCGCUUCAAACAUGAGAACAUCAUCGGAAUCAACGACAUUAUCCGCACACCGACCAUUGAGCAGAUGAAGGACGUAUAUAUUGUCCAGGAUCUCAUGGAGACAGACCUGUACAAGCUCCUGAAGACCCAACACCUGAGCAACGACCACAUCUGCUACUUCCUCUACCAGAUCCUACGAGGGCUGAAGUACAUCCACUCUGCCAACGUCCUGCACCGCGACCUGAAGCCUUCCAACCUUCUGCUCAACACCACCUGUGAUCUGAAGAUCUGUGAUUUUGGCUUGGCUCGUGUGGCUGAUCCCGACCAUGACCACACCGGUUUCCUAACAGAGUAUGUAGCCACUCGUUGGUACAGAGCUCCUGAGAUCAUGCUCAACUCCAAGGUGAGUGUCCUCACCUACCGUGCAAUGUUGACAUGCCAACAGUCAGGGGGCUAUACCAAGUCCAUAGACAUCUGGUCAGUGGGUUGCAUCCUGGCUGAGAUGUUGUCCAAUAGGCCAAUCUUUCCCGGGAAGCACUACUUGGAUCAGCUUAACCACAUUUUGGGGAUCCUGGGUUCUCCCUCUCAGGAGGAUCUCAACUGCAUCAUCAACAUUAAGGCCAGGAACUAUCUUUUGUCACUGCCUCUGCGCUGCAAAGUGCCGUGGAACCGCCUCUUCCCCAACGCGGAUCCAAAAGCUCUGGACCUGCUGGACAAGAUGUUGACCUUUAACCCUCACAAGAGGAUCGAGGUGGAGGAGGCCCUGGCGCACCCUUACCUGGAGCAAUAUUAUGACCCCACAGAUGAGCCUGUGGCUGAGGCUCCCUUCAAGUUUGACAUGGAGCUGGAUGACCUACCCAAAGAGACACUGAAGGAGCUCAUCUUUGAAGAAACUGCGCGUUUCCAGCCCGGCUUUAGGUCUUAACAUCUCACACAGAUUACUCUGUGGACUGGCUUCUGCGUCACCACUGCUCCUCUCCACACUGUUGCUGUGAUUUCUUUCUUUUCUUUUUUUUUUGUUUUUUUGUUUUUUUUGGUGUUUUUUUUGUUUUCCUUUUCUUUUGGGGGGAGGGUGGUGGUUUAUCUUCCUCUCCUGUCCUCCACAUCACCUGGAUUCCUUGGGUCUCACUCGUCAAGUCCACUUUGCUCAGGAAUGGCGUCAGGAAUCAAUCAAUCAUUCAUUCUCUGUCUCUUUCUCUUCUCUCUCUCUCUCUGUCUCUCCCUCCCUCCCUCCCUCCCUCCCUGAAGGGUGAAGGGUGAGGGCGGGGGUGGCGGUGGGGGUGAUGGGGUCACAUCACAGCUUACAGUUUGGGGGUGAUUUUGUGUUUUAAGCCAAGAUAAACAAUAUUUUUGUGUGUCUCAAAGGCGUUUGGCUCUGGCUAUUCCUAUUCAAGACCUUUUAUGUCCAGUCGAAUGACAGUGAUAGACUAGCUGUUGUGUUUUUUUUUGUUUUUGUUUUGUUUUUUUGGUGCAGCUGUCGUGGUUAUAACUCUGCCUGCAUUGCACAAACAACGAUAUAUUACUUACAAGAAUCAUCCAUCAUAAAAACAAAAGGUCUCUUGAAUUUUCUAACCUUUGUCGCACUGUUACAAGGGAUAUCUCUACCUUUUUUUUUCUCUCUUUUUGUCUUUGAAAAAAGAAAAAACCCUAAAGAAAUUAACUGAUUUAUGCAAUGAAAUCACAUAAUCAGCCAGAGACUUUGUGGGCCACAAGCCAUCACUUGGUGUUGAUGAGGAUCAAUGUUUUAUCAGCGACCUUGUAUUUUAAUCCUUAAAACACUCUCACAGAAGGCCCAAAUGCAAAUGCAUACAUAUAAAUAUAAAUAGAUAUAUAUAACCUAAAGAGUCUUAAGAUAUUUUAAUGGCAAGAGUG